AUAAUAAAAAGUGACAAAUAUGAUUUUAAACAAUUUAUUAAUUAUAACAUGUAAAUUACAAAAUUAUUGUAUUUGAAAUAGUUACAUAAAGCCAGAAAACAGCCGUCUUUCGUCGUUCACAUGAACCAAUAUCUCCCGGUGUGGUUUACAGAGUCUAUAUGAGUCUGUAAUGUUGUCGAUAAAAAAAAAAUAAUUACAUAAACAUUUAAAUAUAUGAUUAAGCUAAAGUAUAUACCACUAAUGAUCUAAAACAAAUAUUUAUGUAUAUAAAACUGAAAACAAUAUCUAUAAUUUUUUUGUUAAAACCCUACCCCGACAAAAGGACACUUUUAUAGUUUUAAGACUCCACCACAAUAAAAGUAUUUAUCUUUUGGUUCGCAUCCUCCUUCAAACUCAACUGAGCGAAACCGAAGGCAUGAGUCUAGAGGAUGCUGAAGAUUUGGUUCUCCACAUGAUAUUAUCCAAAGUCGGUCCUGAGAACACAGCUAGAGUUGCUUGUGUCAGCAAACGCCUUCAAGUUUCCGCCUCCGAGGAAUCUCUUUGGUCCAUCUUCUGUUCCCUUGACCUCAACAUCUCUACUCCUCUACAUGACUAAUCCCCAUGGAGAUUCUCUCCUUCCUUCAAGGGGGCAUAUCAGUCAUGGAGGGAGUCCUUUAUAAUUUAUCCUUGGAGUCUUUGUUGGGACAGUCUCAAACUAUGGUUAAGCUUAAACUUCCCUGAAGCAGAGGCUACACUGAGAAAAGGUGUCACGGAGGAUGAUCUUGAAGAAUUGGAGACUGCUCUCAACGUCCAACUUCCUCUCACCACAAGGCUUCUCUACCGUUUCGUCGAUGGCCAAGAACUUUCUUCCUCCUCAUCCAGUGCUGGUGUUGAUGAGGGGCCUCUAGGGCUUAUUGGUGGCUAUUCUGCUUAUUGGCAUAAAGUUAAUGUCUACUUGCUACCUCUUAAGGAAGUGGUAAGGCAGACAAUCGAUAUCAUGGCCGGCGAUCAUAAUACUAUCUCCAAGAACAUUGUCGUUGUGGCUGUAUCAGCAGCGCCCAGUUCGAAGAAGAUGUUUUUCCUUGAUUGCACAAACGGACAGCUUUAUACUGAAAACACAAGUUCUCACCAAAUGCUUCCUUGUGUUCCCGAGUCUUUGGUUUGUAUCAACGGCGAUCAACAACAGGACGCCAUGCUGCUUUGGUUAGAAGAACAUGGCAGGAGGUUACAAACUGGUGCUACCAAAGUCCGUGAACAGGAUAACAUUAAAAGUAUCAGUUUGUUUCCCGAGAUUCCUCCCUUGUGUUCUAUCUUUGUAACUAAUGGUGUGCAGGUGCGUGCGUCUUCUGUGUUUAUGCCUGAAGUAUCUAAUCAUCUGGAUAACCCACCGGUAUACUCGUAUGCAUGUUCCAUCCGGAUGUCUCUCAUGCCCAACUUUAACAGGAGACACCGUAGCUCUUGGCAAAUGUAUUCGAGACAUUGGGUUGUCCGAGCUGAUGACGCGGUAAUAGGUGAUGUUGAUGGAGAAGUUGUGCUACUUAAGAAUCCGCUCUUACAAGCCAAGGAAGAAGAGUUUGUCUAUAGGUGUAUUUCCCAAUUUCCAACAAGUAAUUUAUCCGUUGAGGGAUCUUUCACCUUUGUGCCUGGAAGUUUGCAAGAUCCGAAAGAACCUCAAUUCGAAGUCAACGUCGCAGAGUUUCCUGUGAAGUUACCAGACUACAUCUUCUAAACUCAUCUCCCUCAAGGAGGUUUGUUACUCUUUCAAGAUAAUGCGUUAUAUCAGCUUUUAUAGUUCAUACAUUGUGCAAUGCACUUUAUUAAGUUAACUUAAGUACUCUGAAUCGACCAGUUUUACAAAUUUAUUA